CUCUUCCACCAGCAGAGGCUCACUUCCUCAGCUGUGACAUAGUUAGGCAUGCAAUGUUAACCAAAAACUGUCACUUACUGAUUAGGAGAAUCUCAAUGCACUGAUUGAAGGAGCUGCAACAUGUAGGAAUGUGUUUUGGUUGCUGACUCUGUAGGCUUCACACAGGAAAAUGAGUGGAAGAUAAGAACAACAACGUGUCUCCAAGAGGCCAGCAAUUUUUCUCUGACAAAUGCAGUUUACAUAAGCAAGUACUUUCUUCAAAAAUGUUCUUCAGACAUGCAAUCUUAGGAGCCUUUUUGCUGUGAUUCCAAGAAAGUCCCUUAUACAGGAGCUUCUCAAGAAUAACCUUAAAAUGGAGGAUUAUACAACCAGGACUUAUGGGACCAACGUGAUGGACAACAGACCAUUAUUUGGAGAAACAUCUGCUAGGGAUCGGAUCAUCAACUUAAUAGUUGGUGGGUUAACAUUAUUGCUAGUACUUGUAACAAUUAUUUGUGCUUUUGUCUUCCCCAAUUUACCUCCAAAACCUGUGAAUAUUUUCUUCGCUCUUUGUAUCAUCAUGACUUGUAUUUCCGCAGUUAUACUUAUAUUUUGGUAUCGCCAAGGGGACCUGGAGCCUAAAUUCCGGAAUUUAAUUUAUUACAUCCUUUUUACAAUUGUAAUGCUGUGUGUUUGUGCCAAUUUGUAUUUUCACGAUGUUGGAAAAUGACUGUAAUCACACUGCCUUACAAAUAACAGACUGGGAAGAAAACAAACAUGUGAAGGAACACUUAAAACUCUUAACUGCACACGUUAUGCAAGCACAAAGAUUGUUAUACUGAUGCAAAAGAAAUGUUGCCUAUGCUGUAUAUGCAUUGAGUUUAUUACAAACCUUGACUGUUUCUUACUCAUCCUAUACGAAGCUGGCCUUUUUAAUGAAAAGGGCUGUUCAUAAUUUAAAUGACAGUUAAUGGGUUCAAGUUCAGAAGUAACUGUGCAUGUACUGUAAACUCCUGCCUGUUUUUAUAUCCAAAAGUGGAAUAUUUGCCAUGUCAUAUUCACUAGAAAGACUAAGGGGUAGGACAAUGUAAGCAUGAAAAUUUAGCUACAGUAAAAGAAUUCCUCUUUCUGAUAAUCAUGACUUUGAAAUUGAAAUGGUUAAUUGCCCAUUUUCUGCUAAUAUAAAAGUAUUUUCUUACAGUGGUAGUUAUUCCGCAAAAUUAUCUUUGCAAAUUUUUAAUUUUAUUGUACAUUUUUCAGUUGUACAUAGCCAAUAUUGUUUUAAACAGUAUAAACUUUUUGUGAUGUAUUUAAAGAAAAAAAAAAGUAGCGUUUGGCCUUUGAGUUGACGGCCAGACAGUGCUACAAGCAUGUUUAUUUUUAAUACAGUUGCACUACGUGUACAUUCCAGAUUUGCCAACAGUUUCAGAAUGGCAUAUUAUUUUGCAUUUUUGGGAAAAAAUCUUUUAUUAUAGCACUUGUAAGAGGAAGUUUGAUUAAAAAAAUUAAAUAAGA